AUGGAAUUGGAAAGAAACGCUUGGAAAACCUGCAGAAGCAUUACAAGAAAAACGGAAUUCUUCCUCGUGUUCAUGGCAACAAAGGAAGACUUCCCAUUAGUCUGUUCAUUGGAAACCCUAAAACGUGUUGUAUUGUUCCUUGAUAAUUACGCAGAAGAACACGCUGUCGCACUCCCAGGUAGAGUUCCAGGAUUCAAACGUACAGACGUAAGAUUGUUACCAUCAUCCAACACUAAAGCAAGCAUACAUAGAGUAUAUGAACAAGCCGCAGUGAGUGCAGGAGUUACUGCUGUCUCAUAUCCCAAAUUUGUAGAAAUGUGGAACAAACUUCGCCCCCAAAUGAGAAUUACGAAGCCUAUGACUGACUUGUGCCACACGUGUCAAAAGAAUAACACAGUUAUUUACCGGUCAGCUAAUUUGCCUGAUGAUGAGAAAAGUGAAGUUGUGCGUAAACAAGAAAAGCACCUACUGGACGCAGAACGGGAGAGAAGUUUGUACAAAAUUACAUGCAAUGAAAGCAAAGACAGCAUUGCCAAAAUACUACACGAGAUUGAUUUUAAUUCAACACGACAGCCCUGUUCAUUUAAUGGUAAAGUAAAGUAUUCAUUUGAUUAUGCACAGCAAGUACAUUUACCCUCAAAUCCAAUGCAGCCAGGUCCCAUUUAUUUUAAAGUUCCACGGAAAGUGGGAAUUUUUGGCAUUUGCUGUGAAUCAUUGCCAAGACAAGUUAAUUUUCUUAUUGACGAGGCUGGCAAUGUGGGAAAGGGUGUAAAUGCGACCAUAAGCUAUCUUCACUAUUUUUUUGCAAACCAUGGCUUGGGUGAAACUGAAGUGCUCCUUCACGCAGACAACUGUUGUGGCCAGAACAAAAAUUCGUACGUACUUUGGUAUCUCGCAUGGAGAGUAAUGGUUGGACUUCACCAAUCUUGCACUUAUAGCUUUCUCAUUGUUGGACAUACAAAAUUUGCAUGUGACUGGUGUUUCGGGCUUUUAAAGCAAAGCUUUCGGAAAUCCUUUGUCUCCUCGCUGUACAAAUUAGCAACUGUAGUAGACACAUCAACUGUCAGGGGGGUUAAUGUUACACAGCUGUGCUCUUUGCAUGAUGGUUCAACCAUUGUUCCAGUCUAUGACUGGGUCUCCUUUUUGUCGCCUUAUUUUAAAAAGUUUCCAAACAUCAAGAAAUAUCAUCAUUUUCAAUUCAAGCAAGCAAUGCCAGGUGUUCUAAUGUAUAGGGAGUUUUCAGAUGGAACCGAUGAACGUUUUAGUCUAUUACGUAAAGAAGAUACCCUUCCGCCCAGUAUCCCUCCUGCUCCCUUACAGCCCAAAGGUUUGGAUCAGCAAGGGAAACAAUACCUCUAUACUUAA